AUGGCCCGCGAAACCCCGACAGCCUCACUCGCAGGCGAUAAGCCUCUUCCGACCCGUCCCGGCACCUCGGGCACGGAGAACCUCCUCAGAACAACCCGCCGUCAGGCCUCGGACAACUACCAGCGAGCCCAGCGCGCCGAGCGUGCUUACCGGGCCAAGAAGCGCGCCGCCACCGCCCGCGCCGACCUGACCGACGCAAAGUCCCACUACGCCGAGUGCUUCAAGCACCUCACCCGCGGUCUGGCCGUCACCUUCAGCGCCGUCAAGUCGCUGCCCUACGUCUUUGACGAGAGACAGGAGGCCGCCCGCCAAAAGGCCGAGGUCAAGAAGAAGCAGCGCGCCCUCGAGAAGAAGAAGAAGCUCGAGGAGAAGCUCGCCAAGGAGAGCGCCGCCGCCGAGGGCGAUGCCCCGGCCGAAGAUGCUGCCGAGGCUCCCGCCGAGGAGGAGGCCGCCGCCGCAUGA